CAUCAGUUGGAUAUGUAAUGAGGCAGUUGUCUCAAAUAUCAGACUUUCUUGAGGCUGGAGAAUUUAGUCAAAAUGUGAUUGACAAUUGGAAACAAUUUUUCGAAGCAUUUGAGGAUGAACUGGAGAUGCAACCACAACGAUAUUCAGCUGUAAAAGAUGCAGAAAAUUCUAAUUCAACUGCUGCAGCGUGUAACAUGGAUGAUGAAAGCAGUAAAGAGCAGACAAUCAAUGAACAAGCUGGGAAUGUGGACGCUCAUACAGGCAUGGAUUCUGUAAGGAGAAAAGCAACUAAAAGUGCAGAAAGAGUUGCAGGAAAAGACGACUUUGUUGACUUGGUUGAGUCUGAAGAUAGAAGUGAGAGAGAAAUUCAAUUUGACAGUGAUUCUGUCAAAGACAAGAUUGUUGUCACUUCUCCACAGUCAGCAGAACAAGAUAUGGAUAAGCGGCAGAUAUCUAAUGGAACACAGCUAGAAACAAAUUCUGUUGUGACACACUCUGAUCAAACAUGUUCUUCUCAAGAAACAGACCACAAUUACAGAAAUGACACAACGGUUGUGUUAGAUGAAGUUGAUCAAGUCGUCUCAGAUCAUCAACUUCAGUUGUUGAGUGUUGAGAUUGCUUCAAUGUGGAGAAAUGUUGCUCGUUGUCUUAAGCCUGAACCAAUGCAUGGACAAAUACUAGACGACAUUGCUAUUCAAUAUUCACACAGUCUUCAGGAACAAACAAUUGUUAUGCUUGACAUGUGGAGAGACAAAUAUGGUUCCAUUGCCUCUAUCAAGACGUUAUGUGAAGUUCUCAUCAACGCUGACAAAAGAAUAGCUGCAGAAAAAGUAUUUGGAGGGAAGGCUGUGCAGCAAGUUUACUUGCAGAUGAAAGAGACUGACUCUGAAGAGCCUGCUCUUUUGUAUCACUUGGCAGAGGAAGUAGGUAGUGAUUGGAAGGCAGUAGCAGUUGGUAUGGGUUUAAAACUUCAGCAAAUAAAGAUUAUUGAACUAGAGGCUCACAUUCCAAGAGAGCAGGCAUGGACCAUGUUAUGUUUGUUGCAUUCCAAGAUGGGCAGUGACUUCAGUAUUAAUGAAGUACACAGACACUUGCAACAAAUCAGAAAUAAAAGACAAGCAGACGACUCGAAAAAUCAGAUUUUUCCACAGAACAUUCGUGAUGACAUCAGACUGUGUGGAAGAAAGGCAGAGUUGGAUACUAUUGCUGAAACAUUUUUGGGAAAGAAUGUGGAAGAACAAAAAGGCAAAGAGAUACCUAACUUUUGUGUGCAGGUUAUAAAUGGAUUGGGUGGGUGUGGUAAAUCUCACUUAUCAGAAAAGUAUGCCGUGCUGUACAAGGAGAUGUAUUCAGAUGGAAUAUUCUAUUUUAAUGCAGAAUCAUUAGCUUCUCUUCAUCUGUCAAUUAGAAAAAAUUUGUGCCAGUUAUCAAUGGAGUCAAGAGGUGGUGGUGUUUUUGAAGACAACGAUAUAUUUUUGCAAUACCUUUAUCACAAGAGCAGAGUAUUGCUGCUAUAUGAUGGAGCAGAUAAGUUGAAUGUGUUGGACAAGAUUCUCCCUCGUGUUACAGCACAUGUCCACGUGUUGGUGACUACUCGUGUGAGUGGAGAUCAUCCUCUAUUAUUGACGGCUGAAAACGUUACAACUCUUAGUUGCUUGGAAGCUGCAGCUGCAGUGGAAGCUCUUCAAGUUUGGCGUGGACAUGCUGAUGAAGAAUUGCUUGGUGAAGAGGCAAUAUAUGCCAAACGUUUGGUUAUUGAAGAUCCUAUUGAUGGUUUACCCUUGGCCAUUGCUCACGCAGGAACAUUCAUGAGAAAGCGAAAUGUUGGCUGUCAGCAAUAUUAUCAGCUUAUAAGAACACAACAAGCACAUUUAGAAGCUCUUGCUCUUGAUAUGAACAAACUUCUUCAUUAUUUUCACAUCAGUAAUCUCCAGGAAUCAUUACAGCAAUACAAUGUGUUUGAACCUAAAGAACUGUCAAAACUGACUGAUGAGAGUAUUCAGUUAAUGACGACUAAACAGCAUGAGAGACGUCUCCUCUGCAUGGCCAGAUACUUUAUGAUGAAUAGCAAACAUAUGCACUUGACGUGGCAACUUGAUAUUGAGACAGUGAAAGAAACAGAUGCAAAUGCCAUGGUCCUCUUGUCAUAUGCAUCACUGAUGGCAUGUAGGAAUAUUCCUGAAUUUAUAUUGCAACCUCUUGUGUUUGGUUCUCUUCAUCGUUACCACUACAGUCAGUGUAUCAAUACUUUGACAUCUCACUCACUAGUAGAUGUAUGUGAUGGAAAUAAGGGAUAUAAUUUUAGUCUGCAUCCUCUUGUUCACUCAACAAUUUUGGAACGUUUUCUGUGUCAAUCAGAGCUGCUUCGUGACAGAAUAACUAACUUAUGUCAUUCUCUUCUUUGUUUUCUGCCACUUCGUGAUUCCCAUAUUAUGUCUUCUCUAAAAGAUGAUCAGUUUAUUUCUCUUGUGCCUCAUGUGUAUGCAGUGGCAGAGAAGGCUGUCUGGUUUUCUGAUGAAACUUGUGUGACCCUUAUGGAUCUUGCUUGUCUUAUUUCAUUGGUUGCUCAGCAUGUAGAUGUAGCUGUCCACCUUUGCAAGGAACGUUUGAAAGCAUCUGGAAUGAAUCCAAACAUUAGACAGCGUGUCAUGGCAUUGUAUUACAUGGCACAAGCUUAUCUACUGAUGUCGCAGCCACAGGCAGCUCAGCAUUAUUUGAUUAGUGCUGCACAGUUAAUAGAAAGCUGUGAGGAAUAUGAGAGAAAAAGAUUGAAGCAUGAAUAUUGUCUUGUGGUGGGUCAACUGGGUGAAUGUUAUCAAGACCAACAAAUGUUUACUGAAGCAGAAAGUCUUUAUCAGACACAACUCUCGUUGUUGUAUGACAUGCCAGGAGACAACACAGAGGCAGUUGCAGCUGUAAUCCACAACUUAGCUCUAAGUUAUUGCAUGAGUGGUAAACUGGAACAAGCAAUUGAAGCUUUUGAUCAAGUGUUAAGAAUGAUGACAGCAGAUUCACCAAACCAACUUCUCCGACUUUCUACUGCAUUGAAGAAUCAAGGUUGGUGUUUAAUGGCAAAUGCUCAAUAUAGGAAGGCUUUCCCAUUGCUGGAGAGAAGUUUAGCUAUCAGGAGAGAACACUUACCGGCAGAUCAUCAUGACGUGGCACAAGCUCUUCAUUGCUUGUCUGAAUGUUGUCUACAUCUGGGCAACACAAGAAAAGCUGUACAACUGUGUGAGGAGUCUCUGUCUGUUGUAUCUCAGUGUCUACCUGCCAAUCAUCCACAAAUUGCAACAUAUAUGACUCAGUUAUCGUCAUGUCAUCAAAGUGCUGGUAAUCUAAAUGAAGCAAUAGACAUUCUACAGCGAUCUAUUGUCAUAGACAAGCAACACUUGCCUCAUACAAGGAUAAGUCUUUGUCCAUCUCUAAACAACUUGGGGUUGUGUUACCGUGAUAAGGGAAUGUUGGAUGCAGCCAUUAGAACAUUUGAAGAAUGUCUGGAGAUUCAACGUUCAUUUCUCCCUGAACAUCAUCCUGACAUUGGAACAACUUUGUGGAAUCUUGGUUUAGCAUACAAAAAGAUAAACAACAUUGUGAAGGCGAGUCGAGUAUGGAGAGAAUGUCUGGCAAUUAGAGAGAAGACUUUUUCACCAACGCAUACUUGUGUUAUUGAUGUACUGAUGUCUCUGGCGAGUAUUACAUAUGAUCAAGAACACUAUGAGGAGUCAUUACAAAUGCAUCGUAGAUUAUGGGACCUUCUGAUGAGAACAUCUCCUGUAUCAGAGAAUAUGGCUAAAGUGUGUCACAACAUGGGAACGUGUUAUGCCAUGUUGUAUCAAUUUGAUGCUGCAGAAAAGGCAAUUUCUCAGUCACUGCAGAUCCAAAUUUCUCUCUAUCUACCAGGAGAUGACAGAAUAUCCACCACUGAACAAGAACUACACCAGCUGCGUCAAUUGCAGUAUGGAGAUUAAAUUAACUAAGAGGAUUAAAAUUGGAUUUUUGACUGAUGUUCUGUAAAAAAAGAACAGCAUGGAAAUACUUACAAUAGCGUCUUCAACUUGCCGCAGUUUAGUUAAUGCUAAACUCGAAGUCCUAAAUACCUUUGCGUUUAUUGUACGCACGGGAAUCUUAUUGUUAAUAUCAAAUACUAUAGUAGCCCGGAUUGAAGAAGAUGGCGUCGACAAGCCUAAAAUGUCUCCGCAAUCUGUUGAUCGAAGCAGGUUUGGCACGAUCUAUUUGUCGUGUCGUCUCUUCGUCGAUGUCAAGUGCGACGUCUCACGCUCCUUCUAAUUCUUUGUCGAAAGACCGGACACCAGAAGCAGUGUCUAAAGGUGUUCAGACUGAAGACAUGUCUGAUUUAUCGUCAUAUAAAGUGUUAGAGUAUUUCAACAACAAUCCUAUGACUUUCUAUGACUUGGAUUGUCAGAUAACAGGGAAGAGGAAUCCCCAACCAAACAGCAAAUAGAAUUUGGUUUGGUAUGGCUCGUCGUAGAGAGAAUGCAGUGGAUACUUGUUGCUCCAUCGGUGGUACGUAGAAGUGUAAAGAGUGAAUGUGUGGUCAAAGUCUAGCAAGCGAUGUUUGCAUGCUAACUUUGUGUUGCCUCCUAUGUAUAGCGACUCAAUUGGAGUUGGAAGAAAUAUCAUAUUUAUUACGUAGAA